UUUGAGAAAACACAGUCUGAGAACAAGAGCUGACUAGCAAUCGUGAUGUCAAUUGUAUUCUCCUCCUCCGCUACAAAACUUUCUCAACUGUUUCCAACUUACCGUCAAACCUCUCCGUGCCGUCGUUGGAGCUUGAAAUCGAGAACGCAUCUAUGUAACAACUCUCUGCAAUCUGAAAUUUACACCAAUGACAAGUUUCCAAGAAUUGCUGCAACCUCCACCGGACCUAUUCCACCCGCUCAUCUCAUUCAAGUCGCUACACUUGCUGCGAACACCGGUGCUCAGGUUGUGAUGGAUGCUGUUAAUAAGCCGAGGAAUAUUACAUAUAAAGGAUUAACUGACUUGGUGACUGAGACGGAUAAAAUGAGUGAAGCUGCCAUAUUAGAAGUGGUGAAAAAGAAUUUUGAACAUCACCUUAUUCUUGGGGAAGAAGGAGGCAUUAUAGGAGAAGUAGCUUCUGAUUAUCUCUGGUGCAUUGAUCCCUUAGAUGGGACAACAAACUUUGCACAUGGCUAUCCCAGCUUUGCAGUCUCUGUUGGGGUUCUAUAUCGAGGAAAACCUACUGCUGCUACAGUGGUUGAGUUUGUUGGCGGUCCUAUGUGUUGGAAUACUCGCAUUUUCUCUGCAACUGCUGGUGGUGGAGCAUUCUGCAACGGCCAAAGGAUCCAAGUUAGUGCAACUAAUCAGGUGGAACGAUCUCUUCUAGUAACGGGUUUUGGGUAUGAUCAUGAUGAAGCCUGGUCUACUAACAUAGACUUAUUCAAAGAAUUUACAGAUGUCAGCAGGGGUGUAAGACGGCUUGGUGCAGCGGCAGUGGAUAUGUGUCAUGUGGCUUUAGGAAUUGUAGAAGCUUAUUGGGAAUAUCGUCUAAAGCCAUGGGAUAUGGCUGCUGGUGUUUUGAUGGUAGAGGAAGCUGGUGGCACAGUUUCUCGGAUGGAUGGAGGAAAAUUUUGUGUUUUUGAUAGAUCUGUUUUGGUUUCAAAUGGUGUGCUCCAUGGAAAGCUUCUGGAGAGAAUUGGACCUGCGACUGAGAAAUUAAAAAGCAAGGGAAUCGAGUUCUCAUUAUGGUACAAACCUGAGGACUACACAACUGACUUUUAACGAGACAGCAAAGGCACCAACAAUUGUUUUUCUUGUUUUACGCCGACUCGGGUGAUAUUAAUGUUCAAUUACAUUUUCUUAUCAAUGGUAGAAAUCUUACGAAAAUUGUUGAUAUAAAUUAUUUCUGAGUAUAUUGAUUUAUACUCUUUGUUCAAAAUUUCAAUAAUUUGGACAUUGGAAUGUCUCCAGUAUAUUUCUACAAA